AACACAUUUCUCUUUUCAAACCCUCGACCCCAAAUCCUGCGAGGGAGGCCUCAUGCUUUCCUUUUUUCCCUUUCUCAAAUUAGGGUUCCGGCGAGCAUGGCGGAGGGUCCCGCGAGCCUCGGCAGCGGCAGCCACGAGAGCUGCGACCACACUCGAUUUCGAGGAUUAUAUUGAUCCUUUUUUCCCAUUCUCUUUCAACUCUUCAAUUCCAUGGCUUACCAACCACAACCCUCCGAUGCCAAAGGAACAAAGAGGGAUUUCAUUACCGAAAUCUUGGAGCGGAAGAAGGUGCCCAACCAACUCGUCGUCGACGAGGCCAUAAAUGACGACAAGUCUGUCGUCGCGCUUCACCCCGACACCACGGAGAAGCUCCAGCUCUUUCGCGGUGACACCAUUCUGCUCAAGGGGAAGAAAAGGAAGGACAGUUUGUAUUGCGCUUGCUGAUGAGACGUGCAAGGAGCCGAAGAUACGGAUGAACAAGGUCGUCAAGAACAACCUUAGGGUUAGGCUCGGGGACGUUGUUUUCGUUCACCAAUGUGCUGAUGUUAAGUACGGGAAGCGUGUGCAUAUUCUUCCCGUGGAUGAUACCAUUGAGGGUGUCACUAGGAACCUCUUUGAUGCCCACUUAAAACAUGGAGGGUGAUACCAAGGGCUCAACCAAGGGUGGAGAAUCAUCCGCUAAGAAAGAUGUUCUUUCAGCUCCUGGAACAAAGAUCUUCCAUCCUUCUGUUAAUGAUCAUGAAGAUAUGCAGAACCUACAAAAUUAUGUCAAAGGAUUUGCAACCAUAGACAACCUGGCACUUGUAAAUGUUGAGGGAACUGGAAUGGUUGGUGUUCCAGGUACAGCCAGUGCCAUUUUUGGAGCAGUAAAAGAUGUUGGAGCUAAUGUUAUCAUGAUAUCUCAGGUGAUGUUAAUUCUGCCAGUUUUGGUUCCUGGUUUGGACCAAGGUGUAAAGGACCUUGGUGCCAUGCUGUCAGCCCAUGAACCAACUGCAAAGGCUAAUCCAGUCAAUCCAGGAGUGGCUGAUAUUGGUGCUGCUGCUACGGCUGAAUCAGUUUCAACUGUUUAUGCUGGUCCAAUCAAUCCAGAAGUGGCUGAUUUUGGUGGUGCUGCUACGGAUCAUAUUUCUGAAUUAGCUUCAAUUAUGGUUGCAGGCUUUAAACCUGGUGUUGAUGCAGCUUUACAUAAUUCUGCUGCUAGACCCCUGUGAAACGGGACAGACUCGGUGAAUGUAGCAAUUGGUGCAACUGAACUCAUAGUUGUUGUCGGUGUAGUAAAUUCACACGGUGAUGAUCCAGCACUUGCUUUUUGUGUGGAAUAAGCAACUGCUUAUGUUGAUAAGCAAAAAUUGGUUGAUUAGCAGUCAGAUCUUGAUCCUUUGAUGGCUGAUUCAGAGUUGGAAGUUGCUAAAGAAUUGGAUUUGAUUCAACUAAAGGAUAAUGCCACGAGUUUUGAAGGAAUGUCUCCUCUUGAGAGCAUAUCUGAACAUGAAGUACAGCAGGAAAUGCCUGUUGAAACUGCCCCUGUUGCUGCUGUCAAAACUACAAGAUCUCAGGCCUUUGGUGUACAAAAAACUGCAUAUGCCGAUUCUGGUUAUGAAUCUGAUCAGAUUUCAUCUUUCCCCUAGAAUAUCAGGAUUCGUCCGAAUUUCCUCCAUCAGUUCAACAGUUUUUUAGAGUUCUUGUUGAAAGUGAUUUUUCUUGGAAUGAGGUGGCUCAAUCUUCUCAAAAGCCUAAAACGCAAAAGCUCAAGAUAACAUUGACUCCAAGACCUCAAAAUAGAGCCUAUAUGGAAAAGCCCGUUAGAAUUCGUAGAAAUGGGAAUUCUAAUAAUUGAUCCUUUCCUAUGAUGAAGUUUAUGUUUGAUUAAUUAUCUUUAGCAGAGUGACUGUUGUGUAUAUGCUAAUAUGUUGACUCUUUAUCUUAUUGGUUGUUUCCCUUCUUAUAUUACUCUUUAUUGGUGGAUUUU